AUGCUUGCAGUAUCGUCGCCCUCUGCGAUCCCUCAUCACGAGGGGUCCCCGUACAACUAUGUCCCGACAUUGUAUGUGGCAAUCGUCUUCAUCGUGCUGUUCUCCAUAUCCACUCUGGCGCAUGCUGCACAAUCGAUUUAUUACCGCAUGAAGUGGCUCAUACCGACAGCCUGCUUUUGCGGAGCGCUUGAGGUAGCUGGUUGGUCAGGCCGACUGUGGUCCCACUUCUCGCCAUCCCUUGACUCUCCAUUCCAGUUGCAGAUAUGCGCAACUAUCAUCGCCCCAACUCCCUUACUCGCCGCUAACUUCGUUAUUUUCGGUUCAAUCAUCCAACGCCUUGGGACAAGCUACAGCCGACUCAGCCCAAAGUGGUAUACAAUUCUUUUCUGCACAUGUGAUGUUAUUUCAUUAGUUGUACAAGGUGUGGGAGGUGGCUUGGCCGCCACCGCAGUUCCCAAUGGUCGGGACCCCAGAGGUGGCAAUGUCAUGCUUGGAGGGAUUGUAUUCCAACUUCUGACCAUCACCGUCUACACCCUUUGCGCAACGGAGUUUUUCAUCCGCUACUUCAAGAAACGUCCUGUGAGAUUGGACACGGGUGAUGUAACGCAUGGGACCUUUGAUCGUUAUCUCAAGCACAUGAGCUUAGCUCUGGUCUUUAACACAACAUGCCUUUUCAUUCGGGCCGUAUAUCGUACAAUCGAGCUGAGUGACGGCUGGACUGGGCGAAUCAUCGGGACGCAAGUUUAUUUCAAUGUUUUGGACGGAGCAAUGAUCGUUUUGGCGAUCUACACCCUGAACUUUGCUCAUCCCGGUGUUUUGCUUGCUCAGGCUGGGAAACCUUUAAUGAAGUCAUCCAGUAACGCUUAG